AGCCCCCAACACCCUCCAUUUCCUGAACAGACUCUGUUCCAUGCCUGAGUGGAGUCCUGAGAGCACAGCGAACCAUAAUCAACAAUGCAUUCAGCUUUUCUGGGGUCUCCCCUCUCUGCACAGUGAAUCUUUGGCAACAACUUACAUGGGGUCUAGGUCCUCAUCCUGGCUGGGGGCCACCAUCAAAUUGCCACCAGGGAAUAAUCCCUUAGUUUUCUUCAAUGAUCUUACCUACCUUCACCUGCCCAAUUCAGCAAAUCAACCCACUCUGCCUUCUUCAACCCAACAUUUAAAACUAAUUCCAACCUCAUACCCAACCUCAUCCCAACCAUCUUCAUCACCAUCUCCACCCCUAUCCCCACCUGCACCUCCACCCUCACCCUUACCCCCAACUCCACCAGUGACCUCACUCCCAUCUCCACCCCUUUCCACAUCUCUACCCCAGAUCAGGACCUUCAGAACUGAUGCUGAGGAGGCCACAAUAAGGAUCCCCACUAUCUACCUGCCCAAGUUCCAGGCCUUGGAAUGGCACCUUCUGCAGAAACAGCUCCAGUCCUUAUGGGGUGUACCCCCUGUUGUUCAGAAAUCUCAUGAAGCCUUCAACCCUUUGCCUCUCCAGCUGCCCCAGGUCCCUAAGUCCCCUUGCCCCCAGGUGCAGAUUUCCAAUCGGCCCCAGGAGCUGUCUUUCUUAUCCAAAGAUGUCAAGAAACAACUGGAGACCCAUCUCCGAAGGAGGCUUGUCCAACACCACUGGGGCCUGGCCCGGAGGGUCGAAGACUCCAUCAAACACCUUGUGCCUCAGACCAUAUCUCAAGAAGAUUCAGUGAGGCCCACAAAGCCUAAGCCUGCUACAUUCCAGGGCCUCAAGCACUCUGGCAAACAGGAUACAGCAAGUGACUCAACAGCUGUUUUAGGUGUGGCAUCAGCAAUAAUUGCAGAGAUGGGUCCAGCUAGUCACACAGAGGAGAGCCCAAAGAGUGACCUUGAGAAAAGUCCAUUCCCCAACCAACAGGAGGCAUUGCAGAAACAUUUUCUUCAGAAGAGUGUGGCAAUGCAGCAGAAAGUGGUUCCUGAGAGUGUGAGUCGUUCCUGGGCCAGUGCAAAGGGUCGAUCUGUAUCAUUACAGGCUACUCAGUCAUCACAGAGACAAUGGAAAAUGAGAGAGAAUGUCCCUAUGGCUUUAUCUAUGGAAGACACAGCAACUCAAACCCAACCUCAGCCACAAGCAGAAGCACAGAUCCAGCCCCAACCACAAUCCCAGCCUCAGGCUCCUUCACCCACUGAAGAAGUGAUUUUUGAAGUAGAGCCCUGCAAAGACAUUCCAUUCCUAGAUCCAGAGAGGAACAAAAUCCUGGAAUCUCACAUUCGCCAUAUGCACAUUCGACUGAAGUUGGGCCUGCCUAAAAAGGUCCUCGAAUCCAUCUACCUGUUUAAACUAAAAAAUCCCUCAAUUCAAAUUUCUUCCCCUAUUGUAGGUAAGGCUCUGGGGCCUGAUACUAUGGUAGGGGAAAGAAACCUCCGGGAAAUCUGGGUAGGUGGUGUUCAGGCAGAGAAGAGUUUCUGGAAUAUUGGGAAGGAAUUGUGGAAAGCACCUCAGGCUGGGGGGGACUGGGAAGAGAAUGCAUUUACCCCUAGACCUGGCUUCAUGGAUAGGGGAUUCAAACAGCGUAUGACUGAGUCAGGGUCUAGGAGGGACAUUUUAGAGCUCAAUGAGAAGCAUCCAGCACUACUUCCUAGACAGAGGGAUCGACCCCCCAGUUUCAGGAAGCACUUUCAAGGACAGGGGUUACAGAGGCAAAGGGUAUUUCCCCUCAUCAAGGACAAUGAGGAGAGAGCAGAUGAGAGCCAAAAAAAUAUUUGCCUCCAUAACAGUCCCUGUGUAUUAAACAAGUCCAUCAGCUUCUCCAAGCUAAGUUUUCACCUGAGAAAAAGGAUGGUGGAGAAGGUUUUGGGAGUUCCCUUAAGGGUAAGGGUGUCUAGAGAAAUGGCCACACGAAGACAGCUCCCCUCCUAUCGCCAACUGGUAAACUCUGUGGUAGCUGAAGACUCUGAAACUUUUCAAGGGCCUUCACAUGAUAGAGUGAGUAAAGAAAAGGCCCAGAUGGCUGAGGGACAAGCCCUCUCUCUAAGAACCCUGGAUACCCAGGAUUUAAGCUGCCUUCUCUGUAAAGCACACCUUCAUGAUGAGGAAGAGUUCAACCUGAGAGCACCAGAACAGAGCUACUCUGAGAAGCACACUUCAAACUCUCUGGUCCCGAGCCCUGCUCUUGGUUUUCAGGCCACUGAGGUCCCCCCUUCAUGUAAUCUGGGGCAACUGUAUGAGGACAUGACUGGUGCUCAGGGGUCUGGUACUCUUGUGAAGUUGGAAGGAGAAAGUCCCAGCUUGAGGGACUUGAGGGAGUACCAGAAACUUUCAUCUGAAGUCACAGACAAAAACCAGGCCAAACAGCAGAGAUUUCGAAGAAAAGGGAGCCUCGGUAAACCCCAAAUCGACCAAGGAAUGAGGGAUGAAGGGCAGGAAAAGGACCCUAAUUUAUUGAAGGGCCACAUCUCUACUAAUAGAUGGCCAUCUCGGGCUCCUAUGAGCAGAGUUUUAGGCUUCUCAAAGCAGGAGGGAGUACUCCAGCACAAAGUCCCUUUAGAAAUCAGUUUAGCAGAGAAGAUGAAGCGCUUCUUCAAGUGGCUUCGUCCGAAGAAGAAAAUCAGAGCAACAGAAGAACCCUUCCGCAGGGUAGAGGUAGACACAGCUGAGGAGACCACUGAGCAAAGUGCAUUCACAGGCAAGCCUCCCUCCAAAGGGAGGAGGGUUCCUUUCAGCAGUGGGGUUCCUGCAAUUCCAGAGAAUAUGAGAGUAGUUGGCUUGAUCAUAGAGAACAAGAUGGGGGCGAUGGAUGACCUGUAUGCUUGGGAAGGGAGCCAACAGCAGGAGAGGGAGCUCCAAAUCCUGGAGAUCCAGGAAGAACCCACUGGUAGUAAAUUUCGGGACCUCAGGGCACUCUCCUCUGCUAUGGCUCAGGAGGAUAACAGCAGGUCAAGAGGCCAUGGAAAAGGUUCAGAAGGCCACUGGAGUCUGAGUUGUGAGAGGCCAGCCCAGCACAGGGAGAAAAGGGUUAAAAAAAUUAAGAAAACUGUGAGAUUCAGAGAUCAGCAUCUGCCCCCAGAGAAGCUAGCUUCCAUUGCUAGUGAGGGGUCCAUCUCUUCAGAUCGAUUCCCAGAUCACCACAGAGGGUCAAGUUUCUCCAGGACUCCAGACCACUCACCGCACUACCCCAAGCUACCUUUUGGGGGAUCCUACUCCUUUCACAGGGGAUCCCCAGGCCCUUCUUCUCGGUAUGGAGUACUUUGGCUCCCACCGAGAGAAUCCAGUCUCCCAGAACAUAACUUGUUCUCAUGACACAUGACACUAUUAGCCCUUCCAACUUGUUCUCAUGCCAUAUGACAUCAUUAGACCUUCCAAAGAGGAUAGUUACCAUUUGUGUUAAGGGCAUUAUCUUUCCCAAAUACAUUUCUGU